AUGAAACAAUCAUUUUAUCUUAUUUUUUUACUUAUUUCUAUUGUACAAUCUCUUCCAACGACCACCACAAAGCAACAAACAUCAUCAAUUCAUCGUGUUGAUUGUUUUUCUGAUAAAACACCAUUUAGUAAUUAUAGUAAAGAAUCAUGUUUAAAACGAAAUUGUUUAUAUGAUGAUUUACAUAAUUUUACAUUAACUCCUCAUUUACCUCAAUGUUAUUUUCCACGAAAUUAUGGUUAUGUUUUACAAUCAAAACCAGAAAAUUUAUCAUCCAAUAGAUUAAGAUAUAAUUUAAAACGUACGACUAAUGUUAAAAAUCCACCAUUUCCAAUUAAUUCAUUUGAAAAUGUUCUAUUAGAUGUUGAAUAUUAUACAAAUGAAAUAUUACAUUUUAAAUUAUAUAAUAAAGAUGAAAAACGUUAUGAAGUGAGUGAUUUUUCUUCAUAUGAAGUUAUAAAAAAUUCAUUUUUUUUCUGCGAAGUAUGA